AGCAUAAUAGUAGUGAUGCAGGAGCUGAACAAAUAUAAAUGAUAAAAGGCUGCAGAUGAAAGGGGAAAGUAUCUUGAACCUAGGGGAAAUGGUUGUUGCUUGCUGGCGUUCACAAGCACCGCGUUAGCAACAAAAUAGCCUAAACGUUUCCUUGAAAAUGUCUAAAAUGCAGCUGUUGCAGGAUUAUCUAAACGAGCGGUUAACAGCGGUGGCUGUUGAGAUAUUUGGGGCCGUGGAAAAUACCAUAGCGGACUACCAGGAAGAAAUCUCACGUUCAAAUGAGGAGAUCGAACGUCUACGGAGGCUGCUGGAUUUGUUUUUCCAACCCGACAUAAAGCUACAGAAAGCAGACCCCCCGCAGCUCACGCUCCUUGUCCCUGAAGAGGAGGUUCUUGCUGAGAAGCAGCACUGUGAGCAGGAGUGGAGCCCCAGUCUGGACCAGGAGGACCCAGAGCCCACUCAGAUUAAAGAGGAACAGGAGGAGUUUGGGACCAGUCAGGAGGAAGAGCAGCUUCAGGGGCUGGAGUCUGAUAUCAAAGAGGUCAUAUUCUCUCCUCCAUUUCCUCCCCAGCCCUCACAUCAUCCCCAAACCCAAACUGUGGAGAACAGAGAGAGGGACGCUCUACCCACCAAAACAACUGAAGAGAUCAAAACGGAACCGGAUGGAGAGGGCUAUGGAGGAUCUGAAGCAAACAAUGAAUUACAGCCCCUCUCUCCAGUAAAUUCCGACUGUUCUGCAGCUCAUAUUGGGAACAGUGAAAGGGACAGUAUAGGGCUAAUGUCAGGGUUACAGCCACUCAAAUCAAAGACCACAUGGACAAAUAAAGUACAAAGCUCUAUUAAGACCAGGGAAGCCAGUGAGUUGAAAGUUCCAUUGAGGGCGGCUCACUCAGGGGAGAGACCACACAGGUGUCCCGUCUGCAGGAAAUGCUUUCUGAAAAUUAGCAUUUUAAAAACUCAUCAGAGAAUUCACACUGGGGAGAAACCAUAUUGCUGUAAUGUAUGUGGCAAAUGCUUCAGCCGGAUGGGACACCUGACUGAGCAUAUGAGAACUCACACGGGGGAGAAACCAUAUCAGUGCAAAGAAUGUAGCAAAUGCUUCAGCCGGAUGAGAAACCUGACCGUUCAUAUGAGGACUCACACAGAUGAGAGACCAUAUAAGUGCCCCAUGUGUGUAGAAUGCUUCAGAUCAGCAAGUCAUCUAAAAUGGCACCAGCGAAGACAUCACACAGGAGAGAAACCACGUUGCUGACUUUGUGGUAAAUGCUUCACUUGUAAGAUCUGAGGAGGAGAAUGAACCCAGAGGGAUAAACAUGACAGUGCUGCUGGGGCAGAAUUGUACUCUCACUUGUAGGAGGACCUUUCCAUUGUAAAACACUGAUGUUUCAUAACCCUUCUGAGCAUGGCCUCAAAUGUAUAUACUGUAAAAAGUUUUUCAGAACCUAGUAGUUAUUUGGCAAUUCUAGCAUUAUUUGCACGCAAAAUCACAAUUUAUAUGUCUCACAGAA